UUCUCUCCCUUCUUCUUCUCGGAUUCCUAAAUAUUAUCUUUCACUCAUCGUCCUCCCAAUUUAUUGGCUCUCUCUUCUCUCCUCUCCUUUGCCUAUUUUCUAACAUCUUCUCCCGCCACCCACCCCCUGCCGUAUGAUCUUUCUGGUGGCGGCGAUUACACCAUCAAUUUGUUAGUUUUCAUUAAUAUGGGUUGCGGUGGCUCGAGGCUUGGAGGUGUGGCGGCUGUCAGGGCCGGAGAAGGAGGCGUUGUGCCACUUCCGGCGGGAAUACGUCCACUUCUAAGGCGAAGGUUAGAGGAGAUGAAGAAAAGGAGCCAUGCAAGCGUCUUGAAAGGGAGCCAGACGCAGUCUAAGAAGGAGCUUCUUCGUCACGGCUCUUCUGAUGACGGAGAAGACACUGACGACACUGACGGCAGUCUGAAGUCGUCGGCUAAGGUGGCUCCGACACCUGAUCAUCACGUGGAAGAGAAGAAAGAGGUUAUUUUAGAGAAGGUUCCGUCGAGAGAUGAUGUCAAAGAGGUGAAUGAGGAAGAAGUGGUUGUUAAGAAACAAGAAGAUGAAAAUCAUCAACAAGAUGUUGUGAAGAAACAAGAGGAGGAUAAUAAAGAGGUUGUGAAGAAACAAGAAGAGGAUAUUCAUCAUGAGGAUGUGACCAUCAAUGUUAAGAAGGAAGGAGAAGAUGUCAAGAAUCAUGAUGAUGAUGAAAGGAGUAUCAUGAGCAACUUUGAUGAAAGAAUGAUAGGUCCUGGAUCUCCAAGCUUUAGGGUUUAUUGCAUCGAUGUUCCUUCUUCUGAUGAUGAUGAUGAAGAAAAAGAUGGAGAAGACACAAGAAAAUCGAUGGAAACCGAAAGUGUCAUGACAGAGAUAAAAGAGGACGGAAGCAUCGUCAAAAAGGAGAAAAGGGAAAGGAGAGGGAAGAGGUUUGGAAUCGGAUUGCCGAAGAAGUAUUUAGCCAAUGUGACUGCACCGUGCUAUGCUGGUGGAGGAUGCAUGGGGAACACUCAUUCUCGUUUGGUGCAAGAGAAACCGAGACAGUGAUAUCGAUAAAAAUUAUAUGUCGUUUGUCAUCUGCCUUUAUUUGUUGAAGUAAGAACGGUGAGGUGCACGUACACGUACGUGACUGUGAGUAAUCAAAACCACCCAACCACGGAUACGAAUUUAGACCUUUGAUUUAUUUCAACUUUUUAAGAGACCUUGUUUCAGAAUCUGUACACCUCUUCUUCAUAUUUGCUUUCUUUGAUCAGGGUAAGUUAGUGUUUGAAGAAUUUACUUUUUCCAUGUGGAAAGAUGUAAGUAAUUUAAUUUGUGCAAUUAAAAAGUGUUGUUUAAA